AUAAGCGCGUCCAUGUCGAGCAGCUGGGAGCAGGAGGCUGUGUGGAAGUAGAACCUCCCUCCUCGUCCGCAUCUCAUUAAGCGAGUCCCGCUGUAGGUGAAGCUGCCUCGCGCUGCCAUUCUGAAGCAGGUGUCCAACAUGGCGAACGCUCGCAGCGGCUCUCUGGCGACUAUUCUCUUUCUCUUCGCGUUUCCAGCGGCUCUUCACAAAGGAGCUGCACAGGAACCAGUGGUGAGUCAGAACCUGGUGACGGACGACGUGGCUGUGGUGGAGGGAGAGACGGCGAUCAUCAGCUGUCGGGUGAAGAACAACGAUGACUCCGUUAUCCAGCUGCUCAACCCCAACAGACAGACCAUUUACUUCAGAGACAUGAGACCUCUGAAAGACGCGCGCUUUCAGCUGGUGAACUUCUCAGACAACGAGCUGCGGGUGUCGCUGUCUAACGUCUCGCUGUCAGACGAGGGUCGAUAUGUUUGCCAGCUCUACACAGACCCCCCGCAGGAAGCCUACGCCGACAUCACAGUGCUAAUUCCUCCCGGUAACCCCGUCAUUGAGGCCAAGGAUGAGGUGCUGAGCGAGGGCAACGAGACGGAGAUGACCUGCACCGCCAUGAGCAGCAAGCCUGCAGCCUCCAUCAGAUGGAUGAAGGGAGAUAAGGAGCUGAAAGGCAAACCCAAAGUGGAGCUGAGCUACGAUAAGAUGUACACCGUGACGAGCCGGGUGACGUUCGCCGUCAGUAAGGAGGACGACGGCGUCCCGGUCAUCUGCAUCGUGGACCAUCCCGCGGUCAAGGACUUCCUGGCGCGCAAAUUCCUGGAGGUGCAAUACAAACCAGAGGUGAAGAUCGUGGUGGAAUUUCCUCAGGGUUUGACAAGAGAAGGAGAAAACCUGGAGCUGACGUGUCAAGCCAAAGGCAAACCCCAGCCGCAGCGGGUCAACUGGCUGAAGGUGGAUGACGACGUCCCGUCCCACGCGGUCAUCACCGGCGGCGAUCUCUACAUCGAGAACCUGAACAAGUCGUACAACGGGACGUACCGGUGUGUGGCUUCCAACCAGCUGGGCGAGUCCUUCGACGACUACGUCCUCUAUGUCUACGAUGCUCCCACCACCACCCCUAAACCCACCACAGCCACCAUCACUACCACCUCCACCAUCACCACCUCCACCCCGAACCCUGCAGCCAGUCAAGACACUGUGCCCAGCGCUGAACCUGCAGCUCAUGACUCUCGAGCUGGAGAAGGAGCACCAAGGACGGUGGACCACGCCGUCAUCGGAGGAGUGGUGGCCGUGGUCGUCUUCGCCAUGCUCUGCCUGCUCAUCGUCUUGGGACGCUACUUUGCAAGACACAAAGGUACCUACUUCACGCACGAAGCCAAAGGUGCAGACGACGCGGCGGACGCAGACACAGCCAUCAUCAAUGCAGAGGGCGGCCACACCAACUCGGACGAAAAGAAGGAGUAUUACAUCUAACCCGAACUGGGGGGAACCCCGCCCUCGCUCGGGUGUCGUCGCCGGCACGCCGAGCCGCUUUCCCGGGGAUGGGGCUGGGGGGGGGUUUUGACGGAUUCGGAUCGCUUUUUGGUGAAAGGGAAGGAGGAGGGAUUUUGAAGGAAAAGCCUGGUUUUACGCCGUCGUUUAGUCUAGUCUGCAGAUGUAGAUGGAAUGUUAUUUGUGUUUAAGAUAAAAAAGACAAAAUAUUAAAAAAAGAUAAAAGCGAGUCGGGGGGUGGGAAUGGGGUGGGAGUGGGUGGGGGCGCCAGAUGUUGCCAGAAAUCACUGUAGAGAGCUUCACCAUUUAACACCUCCCUAACUGCUGGUACGAAGUUUUAUCUUUUAGUUCCACCAUUUGCAGAAAAUUCUGUGCCUUGUUCUGAAUUUUUUUGUUCUCUCCACACUCUACACCCGUGCUGAUCGUCAUUUGCAUAACCUCGUUGCUCUUUUUUCCCCGUUUUCAUCUUUUCUCCACCCCCCCCAACACUUAUUAUCAGCGUGCUGUCGGCUUUUGUAUGAGGGUAAAAUUACACAGCCACUUUAUUCAUUUCUCUAAAUGUGUCUGCACACGCGCGCUCUACUCCUCUCCUGCAUAACAAACACUCUUUCAAGUAUACUGUGAUUUGUCUCAAGCCAUUUCCUCUCUCUUUUUCCUCUGAGGUUCUGAAGACGUGAUGCAUGGAGUGCUUUGUGUGUCACUGUACGGACAGCCUAAACCAGACGCGGGUUUGUUUCUAUUAAACUCCCCCACCAACAACACCUUAAAGUACAGGCAGAAGCAAGCAUGCAAAGGUUUAUGGGUCAUUUUGCCUCUUCUCCUAAUUUCUGUCACAUCUGGAAACAAACAAAUUCAUACAUUUGUACGUAAACUAAUUGAAUCUCAUGCAAACUUUAAUUUAUUUGUAUAUAACUGUGUAUUAAACCGUCAUUUAUUUAUUUUUAUCCUACAAUUGAUUCUGACCCUUAAUUAAAUCAAAAUAACAUUAAGUGAGACUGUAGAUCUUAACCACAGACUUACUGUGUUUUCCCACCUGAUGGUCUGGUCGACUCGGUUCGAUUGGGAAUAAAAGUUGCAACAUUUGUUACACUUUCAAAUUGGCUUUGAGUCAAACCAACCAAACCUUUUGAGCACCUUGUUCUCCUCCUUACCUGCGGGGGCGCUGCACCAAGAACCACAUGAAAACGACACUGUGCGUGAAUUCUUCUUCAUCAGAUAGUAUAAAAAUGGAGUGUCGUCGGAUUUUAGCGGUCGGAGGAUUUGUGUAGUUUAUCUUUGGGUAAAAACCACGAGCCAUUUCUUUCGCUUAGGCUAACAUGUUUGUUUUGGUUGUAUUUACCCAGAAUGCCCUGCGCUGUAGUCCGCUUCCUACUUCUGGAGCGGUCUCUGGUCCGCUUAGUGUUCACAUUUAGAACCAAACCAGAGUUCACUUUUCUGACAAAAUGGUGACGGGGCAAAAUGACCAGAACGUUUGCAAAAAUAAACACCGACAGAUUUUGACCGAUCUUGACUUGCUUUCUGAACUGCAUCCCUAAUUUUCUUCCAUGUUGCUUAAUUAAAACUUCCUCCUUUUUCUUAUGAUUAAAAUGCCUGUACAUACCGGCGUUUCAGUUUGUUUGCAUUUUCUCUCAAUCGAUAGUAUUAUUUCUCUUCCAAGUGGAGAAAAUAAGAAAUAAAGUAUCCUAUGCUCGUGUUGUGUAGUUAACGCAGUAGAAAUAACCGCCUUAACCAGCUUUAAACUGAAACAUCUGUAAGUUUGAACUUCAUUUGAGCUCUAGCGGGCGUUGGUCGGUGGGUUCAUUUAUUCUCAUAAACACUGGAUGUAGAUGAAGCCAGAGGAAUCACAAAUCCUUUCUACAGCCUCCCACAGUAACGCCCGAACGCCUUGGUUCUCAUCUUAAGUUCUGACAAACGGAGAGGAAACCGAACGGCUCUGAGGGUCACACCACUCGGGUUCUGCUUUCACCCGCCCGCUUUUUGAAUGCUUCGAUAUUUCACACGUCUUUUGCAUGUCUGUGUCCGCGCCAGGAUCGCUUCGGCUCCGCUUCAGCACCGCCUGCCAGAACCGAACCGGAGUCGGUUUGGAGUUAUGCCAAAAGUUAUUGUUUGCCUGUAAAAUAACUUCCUUCACAUUUUCUGCUCCGUGCCGUUAAUCCGUUGUUUGCAUCAGCUUGUCAACAAUGCAGAGCGCCUGGUGGUUCUGUUGUGGUUCUUAUGAGUUCACACGGCAAGCAACAUGUUUAAUGAGUCCAGGACAGACGUGGGUGGAGGUAGCGGCUGGAGCGCGCGUCUUCCAGUGGGAAUAUUUAGCGGUUUCCACUCCUCGUGUCACAUAAAGAUUGUAUGCCAUCAUCUGUAUCACUGUCAUUUUAAUUCUGGGUGUUUUUCCAGGGCAAAAAAACUAUUUCAUCACUUUUUUUUUUUUUGCAAAAAAAAUCAUUGUUAGGUAAUGGGAUUUUAGUCUCCUCAGUCGGCCUCUGUCACUUUAAAUUAAGCUGCUGCUGACCACGCCCCCCAACUCAAUGUUUACACUCGCAGCUGAAAUUGGCUGCAAACAGAGGAGCAAUUAUACAACUAUACAUCUUUGAAAAGCAUUAGUAGAGCCUCCUGCAUAACCAACAAGAACACAGCAAAUGGUUUCUGGGUGGUAAGUCAACAACAAAACACUUCUGUUCUUAUACAGCAGUAAAACUAACUGACCAAACAUUCUGGAGCUCAGUUUUGGGUUGCUAGGUAACGGGCUGAGUUCCGCUGUGGUUGCUAGGUAACAGGGCGGUGCCUGCUGAUUGGUGACAUUACAUUCUGGAGAUUUUUGAAACGGCUAAUUUUCCAGACACCAAACAACAUGAACGUAUCGCCAAAAACAGCUGAGUGGUUUUGUUUUAAGUGCUUGGGCUGUUAGAAGCUGUAGAAACCCAAGUGGAAAUGCAAAAACGUGCAAAAUAUGAUUUUUGCAUAAUGCGGCCCCUUUAAACAUCAACCGCAAUUAAUGGAUUUUGUGGGGGGAAGAAGGAAAAAAAAAAUUAAAGUUUGAGUUUAUGGAAUUUAUCUAAUGCAGAUGGCAAAAUCAUGAAUAUAUGCUCAAAUAUUUAAAAUCAUGUAAAAACAACAAAUUAAUCCCACUAAAUAUCUUGGGCCUUUAGGAAUCCCAAGACAAAUUAGCUCCAAUCGUCAUCAUGCUCAAAAUGCUCAAGAUUUUGGAAAUAAAAUCUUUUUUUAGGAUUUUCCCUCGGUAAGCUAAAGGUUUUUCAUAUAGCCCCAUAGGCAUUAAGACCUAACCUGACAAAAUGUUAGAGGUAGUGAUAUGACUUUAAUGAGCAUAAGAAUGUCUUAGGCAGAGAAGAUGGCAGAAAGGAGAAAUAUUCUUUGUGAAAUGGAGAGAUCUCUGCCAGCAGCAGGCUCUGCUCCGACUGUUUGGUUUUUCCAUUACUUCCCUAUUUUGUGGUAAUUUCUUCACAUUAAAACAAGUUUAAACAAACAGCCAAUCCCAGUGAACUGCUGGCAGCUGAGCACCCACAUGCAAUAAAUUCAAACACUCCCUUCCUGUUUUUAUUUUAGAAGUAGUGAAGUGGUGUCACUUGACUGUAGAAGAAGAAAAUUUCAAAUAAUCAACAGCUGAAAAUCUCUAAAACUGACUAAAUCCCUCAAUCGCCUCUAUAUAAAGUUGGCAGCUCAGACAAUUUGUUCUGAUUGACUUUUUGUCAGACCAUCAGACUCACAGUUAGUCUGAUAAUCACUGAUAUAAUUAAUGAAAUACAGUUUUAAUCAGAACUAACUAUUCAACCCUCUUAGCUCAAAAGACGUUACAGUGAAGUGGAGAAAAGAUAAUGGCAAUAAACAACAAAAUAUACAAGAAAAAUGUUAAUGCAUCACCCAGAUCAGCCAUAAAAUUAGCAUUUAAGCUAGCAUGAGCAUUUUAGCUACGUUUAUCUUUUUGCAAACCGAAUAGGGAAUGCUACUGUAGGCCAAUAUUUCAGUGAUAGCCCUCAUGCUAACAUCAGCAAUUUAGUUAAAAUGAUCAUUUGAUCUAUUUAUGAUAAGCCCAACACACUGAAUGGAGUGAGUUCAUGUUGGUCAACAUGCGAGAUUUAGCCCAUUUGCUUUUAAUAACAUUUACACAGCUAACAUUGGCUUUUUAGCUAGUUUUGACCUACCACCUCUGUCUUCUGCUGACUUUAUUUAUUAUAUGUUUUUCCAGUUCAUUAGUAUAAAUACAUAUCAGUCAAAAUCGCUGAACGUUUUGGACUGAAAACUGCUUUUCGAGUUCCUGUUUGGGGAACUGAGUGUUGCUUGCGGUGUGUCCUCAUAUCUACCACUAGUUGUGACUUUUAAGCAUUUCAUUGUAUUUUAUAAAUGUGAAUCACAUCAGCUGUGCGAUAGCUUUAAAAUAUCAUCGUCAUGCAUGAAGACAGCAUUCAGGCUUUUUAUGUUGGGGAUUUGAAGCUGAGGUUUGUCUCAAAGGAACGGAUUGAAAUGCAUUCUUUAACCUUUCCCCGUCUGCGCUAAUGAAAUGUUCGCAGCCCUAGAAAAGAACAGUUGGGUUAGCUGCAGCUGGGAGUUUCAUUUCUUUGGCUUUUUCACCGGACGUGUACAUAUUAGUUACACACAUUUCGUGUGCUCGAUUUAAUAAGUCACAUAUAAAUCACCACUAUGUUCACUCUGUAUGCUGACGACACUGUUUUGUGUUUGUGUAAACUGGAUGGGUGGGGGUAGGGCAACGGGGGCUGAUUAGGUUAGAUGUUUCACGGUCUGGUGUCUGAAUAAAAUAAAAAAAGACAAAUAUCUGACUGGUUAUUGUUGCUUUAUGGAUCACAGAGCAGAUACCACUUCAUCUGUUAGGCUGCAACUUUGUGAUUUGUAUUCUACAGUGAGCACUGUUUUUGCUUCCAUGACCAAUGGCAGCUUCCACUUAGAUCCAGUUUUAAGACAUAAAGUCGUCAAUACAGGAACUGACGGGGAUGUUGCUUCUUCCUUAAGGCCGAUUUGUUGAUUUUGACUUUUUUGUACUCCUAAAAACAUGAAAGAUACCAUUUGUGUGUGUCGAAUUAAUCAGAGAUUGGAGUAAAUGACACAUAAGGUUUUGACUUAUUUUUCUGGAUAUUCCCUGUAAAUUAAAAGAAAAAGACAUAAAGAACGCACAUAUGUUGUAACUGAGGUAGUUUCCUGCACAUUGGAUCCCUUUGAUAAUGUCCUGUCUCAGGUUCGUGUGUUGCUGACCGAUGUGACUGCAUCUCAGGUAGAAUGCAAAGUUUAGGCCCCACCUGUCGACAACAUAAAGGCAUGUACAAAUGCGUUCAUCAAGUCCGGAAGUGCAAACACAUUCUUUUUAGGUCCAGAACUGGUGAGACGUUCUGCAUAUACAAUAUGUUGUACAUGUUUUAUGUAUUUUUUCUUAAUAUUUGGUGCACUGUUUAAAAAAAAAAGAAAAAAAAGUGUUAAGUAUUGCUUUUCUUUGACAUAUUAUACGUUUAUUGGAAUGAAGCAGGAUCAGAAACGUGUCGUGGCUGUACUACUGUCACUUUGAACGCUCCACCGCCUUUUCAAACUCCUUUGAUUCCCCAAGAAAAAAAGAAAAUGAUUUGAUUGUUCCACCCGGUUCUUGUUUUCAGAUUGUUCUUUUUGUCUCUCUGCUGUACUUGAGAAAAAUGUAAUGUGUAUUAAUGGAGAACAGGAGUUCCACAUUCCCAUACACAUUUUGUAUUGGUUCAUAAAUAGACAUUUUUACAAAACAAUGAAGAGUUCUUGUCUUAAUAAAAGAGAAAAGAUAUUAAUGUCCAAAAUAA